AUGAAACGAAAGCAGCGCCGCUACAGAACGACAUUCAACUCACUGCAGCUGCAGGAACUCGAACGGGCCUUUCAGCGGACGCACUAUCCGGACGUGUUCUUUCGCGAGGAGCUCGCGGUGCGUAUCGAUCUCACCGAGGCACGCGUCCAGGUCUGGUUUCAGAACCGCCGUGCCAAGUGGCGCAAAAGCGAAAAGACAACGGUGGGCGGUACCGGUGAGCCGGACUCGCAACAGGACCAGCAGGACCCACAGCAACUCUCCACGUCGUCGUCGUCGUCCACCGGUACGACCACCCUUUGCCCGCGCGGUGACGGCACAGGGGAGACUGUGCUGGGUGAUGUAAGUAUACUGGUGGAUGCGGGCGACGGUACCGGUGGCAGCAGAAUGCUCGACGACGACGAAGACGACGAUGGGUUGGGGCUUUCCGACGAGGUACUGCACGGGAUGGGAGGCACACUCAAAUCUCAGCAUCAUUCCCAGACGGUGGGAGGUUUGGGAGGUUUGGGGAAGAAUGCAGGGUUGAACGAAGCAAUGUCGAGUGAAGCGAUGUCUGGACACCAUCACCACCACCUACAUCACCACCUGCAACAGCAUCAUCAGCAUCAACAUGUAGGGCCGAGCUCCCGGGCGUCACUAUUGGAUGCGGUAGAUGUCGUACUGCCUGGCAGCUCCAGCACAGCGGGACUUUCCUUCGAUGGGGGUUCGCUGCACAGUAUGGCGCUCGGAUUGCCGGACGAUCCAACAGGCGCCGGACCGGUAAGCAGCUCCGCGUACAGUGUGGUGGACGCGGAGUUGCCACGUCUCACGAUUGGGUCACUCUCUUCGCCCGGUCGUCUAUCGCCCAACCUGUUCCUGAACCUCAACUUCGACCAUCUCAACUCGCUCGAUGGUAGUCGGUCCAGUAGUUUGACGUUCGAAUGGAACAGCUUCACCGGCACCAGCACGACCUCCACCUCGACCAAGCUUACUCCCUCGGGUACGUCCUACACCACCUCCGUGAAUAACUCCACCGACGGUCUCGGGACGGUCAGCUCUUCCAAUCAGGACGGUGCUGGUGGCUGUUGCUCUCUGCAUCCAAACGACGGUUCCACCCAGCAGCAGCAAGCGCUACAUCAUCAUCCACAUCAGCACCAUCAACACCACCACCAUCAGCAGCAACAGCAGCAUACGGCCUCCGUGUACGAUGACGAGAUGAAGUUCCUGCAUGUGGACCAUUUCGGUGCGAUGGAAAGCUUCAAGCACGAAUCCCUCUUCAACCUCGAUCAAACCCUGCUCAGUGCGUCGGGGCCGCCAUCCACCGAUCAACCACUCACGCUGCUACAGCAACAGUCUCACCAUCAGCAACUACCAUCACACCCACACCAGCAUCAUCACCAUCAACAGCAGGUGCUGUGCGGUUCGCAUUCGGCUCAAAAGAAUUCCCUCCAGCAGCAGCAGCAACAGCAGCAGCAACAUCACCACCAUCACCAUCAUCACCACCAUCACCAUGCGCAUCACCACGGGCACCAUGACCAUCAUCUCGGCGUGCUGGUGGAUGAGCUGUCCGGGUUCCCAUCGCUCACGGACCAUACCAGCAGUACUGGUGAUGAUGAGUCUGCUGCCGGCCAACCGGGACCGAACGCUUGCGUGGACGAUCCGCAACGGGCCUCCCCAUCGGAACUGCUCGAUCUAGAGCGACCGAUCAACAUACACAUCAACGUGGAGGACGGUCUCGACACGCUGCAUGCGGAUGAUAAGUUCUGA